AACACAACAGAGAGAGGGACAGGAUAUAGCAGAACGCAAAACCCUAGUAAGGAUUUGUUACACACUGCAGUACUGCACUACUCAACCACACCACACUGUGCAUUUGGAUAGUGCAGCACACCACACCAUUCGUCAUCACUGCAUUCAUUCAUUCAUCCAUGAUCACAACAACAACAAUCUCAUUCUCAUUCUCAUUCUGAUUCCACUUCGGAUCUCCUCCCAAUGUCGGCGAUGGAGUCACUCCACUCCCUCUCCGAAUUAGUCACCACUUCCUCCACCACCCAACGCCUCCGCAUAUUCCACCGCGAAAUCCCCGCCCUCCUCAAUUCCUCCCCUCCAGACGACUCACCGGAGCUCGCUUCGUUGCUCACUGACACCAUUUUCCGAACAGUUCCGAUUUACGAUGAUCGCAGAUCCAGGAAAGCGGUUGAUGAUGUGAUCAUCAAAGCCCUAACUGGUGGCGGAGCUGUUUUCAUGAAGACUUUUGCAGGUGCACUUGUUCAGAACAUGGAGAAGCAAGUCAAGUUUCAAUCUCAUGUGGGAAGUUACAGGCUGCUAUGCUGGUCGUGUUUGCUUCUUAGUAAGAGCCAGUUCGCCGAGGUUUCCAAGAAUGCUUUGUGUAGAGUAGCUUCUGCUCAAGCUUCUUUGCUUAAAUUGGUUUUGCAGAGAUCGUUUCAUGAGAAACAGGCUUGCAAGAAGAAGUUCUUUCGUUUGUUUGAUCAGUCGCCCGAUAUUUGUAAAGUGUACGUGCUAGGAUUGAAAAAUGGGCAAAUCCCGUACAAGGACAGUCCGGAAUUAUUGUUGUUGUUGCUGGAGUUCUCAAGCGGAUCACCGUCUUUAUUCAGAGAAUUUAAGCCAGCAUUUCUUGAUAUAUAUGUUAAUGCAAUAUUGAAUGCGAAGGAAAAGCCAGGAAAGAGUCUUAUCGAGGCGUUUCUUCCACUUUAUUUGCAAAUGGCACAUGAAGAUUUGCAGAAUAUUGUGAUGCCAUCAUCUAUUAAGAUGCUAAAACGCAACCCAGAGAUUGUGCUGGAGUCUGUUGGAAUUCUUUUGAAGUCUGUUGACCUUGAUCUGAGUAAGUAUGCUGCUGAAAUUCUUUCAGUAGUAUUAGUACAGGCUCGGCAUGCUGAUGAAGGGAGAAGAGACGGGGCAUUAGCUAUAGUCGGGAGUCUGAGCAAAAAAUCUAGCAAUCCAGAUGCUUUAGACACAAUGUUCAAUGCUAUCAAGGCUGUUAUUAAAGGGUCAGAAGGAAGGCUUGCUUUUCCAUACCAGAGAGUUGGGAUGGUUAAUGCGAUUCAAGAAUUGUCCAAUGCACCAGAUGGGAAAUACAUCAGCAGUCUGUCUAACACAAUAUGUGAUUUUCUUUUAUCGUAUUACAAGGAUGAUGGAAAUGAGGAGGUUAAAAUUGUGAUUUUGUCAGCUAUAGCUUCUUGGGCAGUUAGAUCUACAGAUAUCAUCCAUGAGGGUUUAGUUUCCUUUUUAGCUUCUGGCCUCAAAGAGAAGGAAACUUUAAGAAGGGGUUUUCUGCGUAGUCUACAUGCUAUAUGCAAAAAUACAGAUGCUGUCUUAAAGAUGUCAACAUUGCUUGGCCCUCUUGUCCAACUUGUAAAAACAGGCUUUACCAAAGCAGUGCAACGUUUAGAUGGCAUAUAUGCAUUGUUAUUAGUUGGGAAGAUAGCUGCUGUUGAUAUUAAAGCUGAGGAGAUAUUGGUAAGGGAAAAGAUAUGGACUUUGGUAUCACAAAAUGAACCUUCGCUCGUGCCAAUUUCCAUGGCAUCGAAGCUAUCGGUUGAGGAUAGCAUGGCAUGCGUUGAUCUUCUUGAAGUGCUUCUUCUGGAACAUUCACAGCGCAUAUUAUCCAACUUCUCUGUCAAAUUGCUGUUACAGUUAAUGAUUUUUUUUAUAUGCCAUCUGAGGUGGGAUAUUCGAAGAAAGGCUUAUGAUGUUGCUAGGAAGAUUAUUACUUCGUCUCCACAGUUAUCUGGAGAUCUUUUUCUUGAAUUUUCAAAGUACCUCUCUUUGGUCGGGGAUAAAAUAUUAGCUUUAAGAUUGAGUGACAGUGAUAUUUCGCUGGACCCUCAAAUACCGUUUAUUCCAUCUGUGGAGGUUUUGGUAAAGGCUCUGCUGAUUAUUUCACCAGAAGCUAUGAAGCUUGCUCCAGAUUCAUUUGUCAGAAUAAUACUUUGCUCACACCACCCCUGUGUACUUGGAAGUGCAAAAAGAGAUGCAGUGUGGAAGAGGCUCUCUAAGUGUCUGCAAACGCAUGGUUUUGAUGUCAUUGACAUCGUUUCUGCGAAUGUUGUCAAUCUUGUUCAGGUCUUACUGGGACCAUUGGGUUUGAAGAGUGCUAAUCCACUAGAACAACAGGCAGCAAUAUCGUCACUAUCCACUUUGAUGUUGAUAAUCCCUGGAGAUAUAUAUACAGAGUUUGAAGAGCAUUUGCGAAAUCUUCCUGAGCGGUUUUCUCAUGAUAUGCUUUCAGAGAAUGACAUUCAGAUCUUUAAUACGCCUGAAGGAAUGCUUUCAUCUGAGCAAGGAGUUUAUGUUGCUGAAUCUGUUGCUGCUAAGAACACAAAACAAGCAAAGGGUCGCUUCCGGAUGUAUGAUGAUGAAGAUGACUUGGAUCAUGCCCGUUCUAACCAUUCAAUGAAGAGAGAUCAACCUAUUAGAGAAACUGCUGGUGCAGGGAAAAGGGAUUCUGGGAAGGCUACAAAGAAGGCAGAUAAAAGCAAGACAGCAAAGGAAGAGGCAAGAGAAUUGCUACUUAAGGAGGAGGCUUCUGUACGUGAUAAAGUCUGCGAAAUACAGAAAAAUCUGUCUUUGAUGCUAAGAACUCUUGGAGACAUGGCAAUCGCUAAUUCAGUUUUUGCACAUAGUAAACUGCCCUCAAUGGUCAAAUUUGUGGAACCUUUAUUGCGAUCACCUAUUGUAAGUGAUGAGGCCUUUGAAACUAUGGUGAAAUUAUCAAGAUGUAUCGCACCGCCUCUAUGUGAAUGGGCCCUUGACAUUUCCACUGCUUUACGUCUAAUUGUGACUGAUGAAGUUCAUCUUCUGUUGGAUUUGGUUCCAUCUGCCGCUGAAGAGGAAGUCAAUGGAAGGCCUUCCCUUGGCCUUUUUGAGCGAAUUUUAGAUGGCUUAUCCACUUCUUGUAAAUCAGGGGCACUUCCUGUAGAUUCUUUUUCUUUUGUAUUUCCUAUAAUGGAGCGAAUUCUUUUGAGCUCAAAGAAAACAAAAUUUCAUGAUGACGUGCUUCGGUUAUUUUAUUUACACCUGGAUCCCCAUCUACCUCUUCCUAGGAUACGAAUGUUAUCGGCUCUUUACCAUGUACUUGGUGUUGUUCCAGCUUAUCAAUCAUCAAUAGGACCUGCACUAAAUGAGUUGAGCCUUGGUUUGCAACCUGAUGAAGUUGCUUCUGCACUUUAUGGAGUGUAUUCGAAAGAUGUUCAUGUCAGAAUGGCAUGCUUAAAUGCUGUCAGAUGUAUUCCUGCUGUUGCUAAUCGCUCUCUACCCCAGAACAUUGAGGUUGCGACAAGUCUAUGGAUUGCACUACAUGAUCCUGAGAAGUCAAUUGCUCAAGUAGCAGAAGACAUAUGGGAUCAUUAUGGGUUUGACUUCGGAACAGACUUUUCGGGAAUUUUCAAAGCACUUUCCCAUGUCAACUACAAUGUUCGCCUGGCAGCUGCUGAAGCAUUAGCCGCUGCAUUGGAUGAAUAUCCAGAUUCUAUACAUGAGUGCCUUUCCACUUUAUUUUCGUUGUAUAUUCGUGACAUGGGAAUUGGAGAUGACAAUCUUGAUGCUGGUUGGCUGGGUAGGCAAGGAAUAGCAUUAGCAUUACAUUCUGCUGCUGAUGUGCUGAGAACGAAAGACCUACCCAUUGUCAUGACGUUUCUAAUAUCAAGAGCACUGGCUGAUCCAAAUGCUGAUGUUAGAGGCAGAAUGAUUAAUGCUGGUAUCUUAAUCAUUGACAAAAGUGGAAAAGAUAAUGUCUCGUUGUUAUUCCCCAUAUUUGAGAACUACUUAAACAAAACGGCACCUGAUGAAGAAAAAUAUGACUUGGUUCGUGAAGGUGUGGUUAUCUUCACUGGAGCUCUGGCAAAACACUUGGCAAAGGAUGAUCCUAAGGUUCAUGCUGUUGUGGACAAAUUAUUGGAUGUAAUUAACACUCCUUCAGAAGCUGUUCAACGGGCAGUCUCCGCUUGUCUAUCUCCAUUAAUGCAAUCAAAACAAGAUGAUGCAGCAGCUCUUGUUACUCGGCUGUUGGAUCAGUUGUUGAAGAGUGAAAAAUAUGGAGAGCGCCGUGGUGCUGCCUUUGGUCUUGCUGGAGUGGUUAAGGGAUUUGGUAUUUCUUGCUUGAAGAAGUAUCGGAUUGUGAUUAUACUUCAAGAGGGGCUUGUCGAUAGGAACUCUGCAAAAUCACGUGAAGGAGCUUUACUUGGAUUUGAGUGCCUUUGUGAAAUUCUUGGAAGACUAUUUGAACCGUAUGUUGAUGAGUUUUAUUGUCCUAUACGUUUUUUAUUGUUUAUGCAGAUUAUUUAUUUUGUGGUUUAUAUUCUUUUCAUUAUGAUUGUAUUCAGGUAUGUGAUCAAGAUGUUACCGUUACUGUUGGUUUCGUUCUCUGAUCAAGUUGUUGCAGUUCGGGAAGCAGCUGAAUGUGCUGCUCGAGCAAUGAUGUCUCAACUUAGUGCUCAAGGAGUGAAGCUUGUUCUUCCAUCUCUUUUGAAGGGUCUCGAAGAUAAAGCUUGGAGGACUAAACAAAGUAGUGUACAACUACUUGGUGCUAUGGCUUACUGUGCUCCUCAACAGUUGUCUCAAUGCCUCCCUAAAAUUGUUCCCAAAUUGACUGAGGUUUUAACUGAUACACAUCCUAAAGUCCAGUCAGCAGGGCAAAUGGCCCUUCAACAGGUUGGAAGUGUGAUAAAGAACCCAGAAAUAUCUGCUCUUGUUCCUACUCUACUCAAAGGACUCAGUGAUCCUAAUGAGUAUACAAAAUAUUCCCUUGAUAUUCUUCUCCAAACAACCUUUGUUAAUUCAAUAGAUGCUCCGUCACUUGCAUUGUUGGUACCAAUAGUACAUAGAGGACUGAGGGAACGAAGUGCUGACACUAAGAAGAGGGCAUCACAAAUAGUUGGUAACAUGUGUUCCUUGGUUACAGAGGCUACAGACAUGAUUCCAUAUAUAGGGUUGUUGCUUCCUGAAGUAAAAAAGGUUCUUGUUGAUCCUAUCCCUGAAGUUCGAUCAGUUGCUGCUAGAGCCAUUGGAUCCCUUAUUGGAGGAAUGGGAGAAGAAAACUUCCCUGAUCUUGUCCCGUGGUUGUUUGACACACUGAAGUCUGAUAAUAGUAAUGUUGAGCGCUCUGGUGCAGCUCAAGGCCUGAGUGAGGUCUUAGCUGCACUCGGCAUUGGGUUCUUUGAGCAUGUACUUCCCGAUAUUAUUCGGAAUUGUUCCCAUCAAAAAGCUUCUGUGCGAGAUGGAUACUUGACGCUCUUUAAGUUUUUGCCACGGUCAUUAGGAGUCCAGUUCCAAAACUAUCUUUCUCAGGUGCUACCUGCAAUCCUGGAUGGUCUUGCGGAUGAGAAUGAAUCUGUACGUGAUGCUGCACUAGGGGCUGGUCAUGUUCUGGUCGAGCAUUAUGCUGCAACGUCUCUACCACUUCUCCUUCCAGUUGUUGAGGAUGGCAUUUUUAAUGACAAUUGGCGUAUUCGACAAAGCUCAGUUGAGCUGUUGGGUGACCUAUUAUUCAAAGUUGCUGGAACUUCUGGUAAAGCAUUACUUGAGGGUGGCAGUGAUGAUGAAGGUUCUAGUACUGAGGCCCAUGGGCGUGCCAUCAUUGAGGUUCUGGGGUACAGCAAGCGUAAUGAAGUACUUGCUGCAUUAUAUAUGGUUCGAACAGAUGUUAGUUUGUCAGUACGUCAGGCUGCAUUACAUGUGUGGAAAACUAUUGUGGCAAAUACUCCAAAGACUCUAAGGGAAAUUAUGCCAGUUCUGAUGGAUACUUUAAUUGCAUCUCUUGCAUCAUCAUCAUCUGAGAGGCGGCAGGUUGCCGGACGAUCAUUGGGUGAGCUUGUCAGGAAGCUUGGUGAGCGGGUGCUUCCCUUGAUAAUCCCAAUCUUAUCCCGGGGGCUGAAUGACCCUGACAGCAGCAAAAGACAGGGUGUAUGUAGUGGUCUGAGUGAAGUUAUGGCUAGCGCUGGUAAGAGUCAGUUGUUGACUUUCAUGAAUGACCUCAUCCUCACUAUUCGGACUGCCCUCUGUGAUAGUGUACCUGAGGUUCGUGAAUCAGCAGGCUUAGCGUUUAGUACUCUGUAUAAGAGUGCUGGAUUGCAAGCUAUUGAUGAGAUUGUUCCGACUCUUUUACAUGCAUUGGAGGAUGAUAGAACUUCUGAUACUGCACUGGAUGGCCUUAAACAAAUUCUGAGUGUCAGAACAAGUGCUGUAUUGCCUCACAUUUUACCCAAACUGGUUCACCCUCCAUUAUCUGCCUUCCAUGCACAUGCUCUGGGGGCUUUAGCAGAUGUUGCUGGGCCUGGUCUUGACUUUCAUCUUGGUACUGUGCUUCCUCCUUUACUAUCAGCAAUGGGUAGUGAUGACAAGGAGGUUCAAACAUCGGCUAAGGAGGCUGCUGAAACAGUUGUCUCAGUUAUUGAUGAGGAAGGUAUUGAGCCACUCAUAUCAGAGCUUGUCAAAGGUGUUAGUGAUAGCCAGGCUACUGUCAGAAGAUCAAGUUCAUAUCUAAUUGGAUAUUUCUUAAAAAAUAGCAAGUUAUAUCUGGUUGAUGAAGCUCCAAACAUGAUAUCUACCCUAAUCAUCUUGCUGAGUGAUCCUGAUACAUCUACCGUUAGUGUUGCUUGGGAGGCUUUGUCAAGAGUCAUUAUUUCAGUACCCAAGGAGGUACUCCCUUCGUACAUAAAACUAGUCCGUGAUGCUAUAUCAACAUCUCGAGACAAGGAACGGAGGAAGAGGAAGGGAGGACCAAUACUCAUACCUGGAUUUUGUCUUCCUAAAGCACUUCAGCCUAUAUUGCCAAUUUUUCUCCAAGGUCUCAUAAGUGGGUCUGCUGAAUUGAGGGAGCAGGCAGCAUUGGGACUUGGUGAACUGAUAGAGGUGACAAGUGAACAAUCACUCAAGGAGUUUGUCAUCCCAAUUACCGGGCCUCUUAUCCGCAUAAUAGGUGAUCGCUUCCCAUGGCAGGUUAAGAGUGCAAUUUUGUCUACUCUAACCAUCAUGAUAAGAAAGGGUGGGAUUUCUUUAAAACCAUUUCUUCCUCAGCUGCAAACGACAUUUGUUAAGUGUCUACAGGAUAGUACAAGAACUAUUCGUUCGAGUGCUGCCCUGGCCCUUGGAAAGCUUAGUGGCCUCAGUACUAGGGUUGACCCUUUGGUUAGUGAUUUGCUGUCCACUCUGCAGGGAUCGGAUGGUGGCGUCCGUGAAGCUAUUUUGACAGCUUUGAAAGGGGUCAUGAAGCAUGCUGGGAAGAAUGUGAGUUCUGCUGUUAGAGAUCGUGCUUACAGCGUUCUCAAGGAUUUAAUUCAUCAUGAUGAUGAGAGAGUUCGAAUGUAUGCUGCAAGAAUUUUGGGUAUCUUGACACAGUAUCUUGAAGAUGUUCAACUGACAGAGUUGAUUCAGGAACUGUCAAGUCUAGCUAAUUCACCAAGUUGGUCUCCUAGGCAUGGCUCCAUUCUAACUAUCUCUUCCUUGUUCCAUCACAAUCCUGUUCCAAUUUUUUCGUCGCCUUUGUUCCCAACUAUUGUAGAUUGUCUUAGAGUUACCUUGAAGGAUGAGAAGUUCCCCCUCCGUGAAACAUCGACUAAGGCAUUGGGAAGACUCCUUCUUUAUAGAGCUCAGGUGGAUCCUCCAGACACCCUGCUUUACAAAGAUGUUCUUUCAUUGCUAGUUUCGUCCACACAUGAUGAAUCAAGUGAAGUUAGAAGAAGAGCGUUAUCUGCUAUAAAGGCUGUUGCCAAAGCAAAUCCUUCAGCCAUCAUGUUACAUGGCACAAUUGUUGGUCCUGCAAUAGCAGAAUGUUUAAAAGAUGCAAGUACUCCUGUAAGACUUGCUGCAGAACGAUGCGCUGUACAUGCACUCCAAUUAACAAAGGGUUCAGAAAAUGUUCAAGCAGCACAGAAGUAUAUCACUGGCUUGGAUGCUAGACGACUAUCAAAGCUUCCUGAAUAUAGUGAUGCCAGUGAAGACAGUGAUGAAGAUAUGUCAACUAGCUAAGCAGUUCGUCUUUCAUCAAGUUUUUUGUUCUUCCCUCUCUUUUCCAGGGUGGGGAUACGGAAUUCUCAUUCAUAACCAAAUUUUUGGUCGCACUGUUACAGUCAAUGAUAUAGGUAUACACAACUGGAGGCUUUUUACCCAGUUUUUUUCUGCCUGGGUAUUUAAUGUAUCAAUAUAAUUGUAAAUCAGAUGAGGGGAAUGGUCUGUAACUUCUUUGUUUCUAUUGCUCUAUCAAUUUUGGUGGUAAUAUAUAUUGUGUUUAUUCUCAAAUCAGGGAGGUCUUACCCAUUAUUUAGUGACACUCGAUGGAUUUGUCGCAUUAAAAAUAUGGUUGUAUGAAGAGUAGUUUGUAACUUUUGUAUGAAUGUGAAAGUUAUGGUCUUUCUAUUCUAAACUGGAAGUCCUUUACAGAAUUAAUUAAGAGAUAGUAUUGUUUA